AUGUUUUCAUUUAUUUUACUGGCUUUUGUUUUGCAGGCCGUUUACUCAUGUUCGAUGAAGCCAUCAAAUUUUGGUGCAGUGGUUGGACCGUGCGGACCACCGAAUCAAAGUCGAUGUCCAUACGGAACAACGUGUUUUUGUCAAGGAUGUGCUAAAGAUCCUCCAGGCUCCGAGGUUCCUGCUAACACUCCAUGUGUGGAUCAAGAUCCAUAUUGUCCAAACUAUGCUAAAAAUGGUUAUUGCAAUGAGGACACACCACUUGGGGAUUGUGCCAGCAGUCCUACGUGUCCCUAUCUGACAGCAAAUCAAAAGAAAUGGAGAUGUGCAAGGACGUGUGGAAUGUGCUUUGUGGCACCGGUGACAGUAAAAUAC